AUGUCUCCUUAUCAACUAGUUUUUGGUAAACCUUGCUAUCUACCCGUUGAGUUGGAACACAAAGCAUUGUGGGCAUUGAAAGCUUUAAAUCUGGACUGGAGAAAGACCUCAAGGGGGAGAGUGGAACAGUUAAAUGAAUUGGAUGAAUUGCAAUUCAGAGCUUAUGAAAGUUUAUCCUUCUACAAGGAAAAAAUGAAGAAGUGGCAUGAUGCUAAAAUCCUUAGGAGGGAGUUUAGAGUGGGAGACUGGGUGUUAUUAUACAAUUCACGACUUAGACUCUUCCCAGGAAAGCUCAAGUCCAAGUGGUCAGUACCAUUUAGAGUGAAAAGAGUAAUCACCAAUGGCACCAUAGAAGUUGAGGGGCAAGAGGGACCUGCAUUUAAGGUGAAUGGGCAAUGCUUAAAAUUAUACUUUGGAGAAUGCCAUGAGAUUUCUUUAAUUGAGGAGGUGUACCUGGAAGAUACUUGA